CUCACAAACUGCCAAACCAAGAGAAUUUAUACAAAGUGAGAUUUGCAAGUUUCAUUUUCUUGUUUAUUGUUAAUUCUUAUCUGUCCAAUGGGAAUCUAUGUCCUAAUUGAAUCUCAAUCAUGUUCAUGGCCUCAACAGAUCUUUCUAAUGAUUUGAAAAUUGAAGAAUUUCCAAUUCAUGGCUUGCCUUGGGAUCCAAGAUCAGUUUGAAAGGGUUAAAACUCAGUGGAACUGGCGCUUUGGGUUUUUGGGGUUUUCGAUAUGACCAUGUUUUCUGCAGAAAAUAUAUACAAACACCAGUUUUGUGGUGGCUAUUCGGAGGGUUUUGGUGUUAUGAGUAGUCAAGUACAAGGUUAUUAUUCUUGUAGUGAAGCUUGUUUAGGAUCUAAUCGAUUAGUUGGCCCAUUAAUGGCAGAAGGGAGUAUUAAUGAAGCUGGAUCAAGUUCAAAAGAUGUUCAACAAGAGAAAGAUGAAGAGUGGCUUCAAUUGAGUAUUGGUGGUAACACAGGUCGUGAAAAGAAGAAAGAUCAAGCAGAUCAAAGCUCUCUAAUAGGCGUCCCUCGACCGGUCGAGCUCGAGCUUCUUCCAAAUACUAGUGGUAGUGCUUCACAAAUCAGGCCGUUAGCGGCCCCUAUUCUUAACGUAUCAGAAUUUGCAGCUCCUCGGCCUGCUAUGAAUUUCUCAACAUCCACCGAUCAUGGAACCUUAUUUUUCUUGCAACACCCGGGAACUAGUUCAACUUUCCCUUAUCAUCAAGAGAUUAACUGGGCAUAUAGACCCAUCCCAAUUAACAUAACGCCUCCUUAUACUUCUUCACCUUCUUUAAUGGCGCCUGAUUCUUAUUUUCCCCGGCAAUUUCAAGUCCAUCCCGGAAUAGAUAUCCCCGGGCCAAGUCUAGAUUUUAGAGUCAUUCAAUCACCUCGGAGACCACAAUCCGGCAUAUGGUUUGCACUACAAGCAUCACAAAAUCAAGCAAAAGAACCGUUUUUGCCUCAGAUACCCAAGAGCUACUUGAGAAUCAAAGAUGGAAGGAUGACAAUUCGAUUGGUCAAAAAAUAUCUGGUGAAUAAGCUUAGGCUGGAAAAUGAAUCAGAGGUAGAAAUAACUUGUAAAGGGCAAGAGCUUCUACCGUUCUUAACGUUGCAGCAUGUAAGGGAUCACAUAUGGAGUCAAAGAGACUUUGUGACUUUGCUUCCUCAAACCUCCUCAGCUGCAGAUCACGUCAUGGUUCUAUUCUACGGCAGAGGCGCUUAUAAUUAAUUAACUUUUUCCUGCUUGUUCAAUUAUUGUUAAAUUAUCAAGACUCGUAUUUUUUCCUCACUUCAUGUACACUUUUAGGUCC